AUGGCCGACAGGGAAACAACUCCCAUUGCAUCUGUGGCGAACGGUGCCAAGUACCGUGGAGCUGUCGUUGAGGACCUUCAGCUUCCCCCAGCGUUCUGCCUUCCAAAGGACGCACCCCUCUCGUUUGCGCUGGAGGAGGCAUAUGAGAGGGAUUUUGACCAGCUCCCAGUCCUGAACAGCAACCGCCGACCCGUUGGCUACCUGAACGUGCCCGCCAUCAAGGCCAAGUUUGAGGGUGGCCAGGCUCGCGAGACGGACAUUAUCUCCUCCCAUAUGACUCACUUUCCCAAGUCAUCGCGUCAGCACCCCUACUCAGUCAUCACCCCUGACACCCCGCUCGAGUCGCUGGAGAACUUCUUCCUGACUAACGGCACCGACUUUGCUCUUGUUACCGAUGCCGAGCGCAACUGGGUCUUGGCUGUUGCAACCAAGGGCGAUCUACAGGAGUUUGUCAAGCGCCGGGGAGGCGGCCUCUGA